UGUUCAACAGAGCCAACAUUAAUAGAAACCCCCCAAUAUGUAAAUCAAUUAAAAGCUUUUGCGAGAGGAGUAGCUAUAAGAGGUAUUGGAAAUGAAACAACUUUAAGGUUGCGUUGUAGUCUUAAAUUUUGUGAUAGAUUAAUGGGGGAAUGUGAAGAAAUUUUGCCACCAAAAUGUGGAAAAGAGGAUUUUGAAGUAACAACAACUACUCAAAUAAAUAGUACAAAAGAAGAAGGAGAAGAAAAUAAAAAUAAUAACGAGAAUAAUAAUACUGUAAUUAAUAAAAGGAGAAGAAGAAAACAGGUAAAAUAGUAAAUAUGUACUAGGAACAAUAAAAUAGAGCCAAGUACGAGUACGAGCAAAUUUAAAAAUUCCAAACACUGGCCCAGAACUCGGAAGCGGAAAAAUUAUUUCAUA